AUGAAGUACAUUAUUGAGCACAUGGAGCAAGGAUUCAGUGAGUGGGUUACUUUAGAGUAUGCUCAAAUCAUUCGUGAUAUUGGCAAGGAUAACUUAAUUCUUUCGUCAUUACCAGAAGAUACCGUUGAGUCCGAUAUUCCAAAGAAGCUCAGGGAAAUGGGAUUGCAGUGGACCACUGCGAACCUUGAUAAAAUCAAUGAAGCGUUCCCAGAAUUACCAGAGCUAAAAUCUCAAAGAGUCUGUCUAUUAGAUCCAAGGGCAAAGACCGAUUUGAUUCCAUCCGAUGCUCAAAAUUAUGAUUAUUUCGUCUUCGGAGGUAUUCUUGGAGAUCAUCCACCAAGAGACCGUACCAGAGAACUUAUGGAGCAAUACCCAAACUUACUCGUCGGAAAAAGACUAGGGGACAAACAAAUGACUACAGACACGGCCAUCAGAACCACCCAAAUCAUCAUUGAGAAACAAACUAAAUUUGAAGACGUUAAGUUCAUCGAUUACCCAGAAUUCAGAUUCAAUAAGAACGAAGCUACCGAAAUGCCAUUCAGAUAUGUAUUCAACUCUGAUGGCCAGCCGAUUCUACCGGAAGGGAUGCUCCAAUUAAUCAAAAAAGAUUCCGAGCAAAGUCUAGACGAUCUAUUCUGA